AUGAAGAUUUUGCUGCUGGGUCUUUUUCUACUUUUAUAUAGUAACUCAGCCUGGGCGAAAGAGAAACAUUACUACAUUGGGAUUAUCGAAACAACUUGGAACUAUGCGCCUGACAAUGGGGAAAAGAGACUAAUUUCAGUUGACAGGGAUCGUUCAGAUAUCUAUCUUCAAAAUGGCCCAGAUAGAAUUGGAAGGUUGUAUAAGAAGGCCCUUUAUGUUCAGUACACAGACAGAACUUUUAGCACAAUUAUAGAAAAACCUGUCUGGCUGGGGUUUUUAGGCCCUGUUAUCAAAGCUGAAACUGGAGAUAAAGUUUAUGUUCACCUAAAAAACUUUGCCUCUAGGCCCUACACUUUCCACCCACAUGGAGUAACUUACCAUAAGGAACAUGAGGGGGCCAUCUAUCCUGAUAACACCACAGAUUUUCACAAAGCAGAUGACAAAGUGCAUCCUGGUGAGCAGUACACAUAUGUAAUGAACGCCACCGAAGAGCAAAGUCCUGGUGAGGAAGAUAGCAAUUGUGUGACCAGGAUUUACCAUUCCCACAUUGAUGCUCCAAAAGAUAUCGCCUCAGGACUCAUCGGACCUUUAAUAUUCUGUAAAAAAGAUUCUCUGGAUCAAGAAAAAGAAAAAAAUAUUGACCAAGAAUUUGUGCUGAUGUUUUCCGUGGUGGAUGAAAAUCUCAGCUGGUACCUAUAUGACAACAUUAAAACCUACUGCUCUGAACCAGAGAAAGUUGAGGAAGAUAACGAAGAUUUCCAAGAGAGUAACAGGAUGUAUUCUGUGAAUGGAUAUACUUUUGGAAGUCUCCCAGGACUCUCCAUGUGUGCAGAAGACAAAGUAAAAUGGUAUCUUUUUGGCAUGGGUAAUGAAAUUGAUGUGCACUCAGCUUUCUUCCACGGCCAAGUAUUGACUAAUAAGGGCUACCGUAUUGAUACAGUCAAUCUCUUUCCUGCUACCCUCUUUGAAGCUUUUAUGGUGGCCCAGAGUCCUGGAGAAUGGAUGCUUAGCUGUCAGAAUCUAAACCACCUGAAAGCUGGUCUGCAGGCCUUUUUCCAGGUACAAGACUGUAACAAGCCUUCAUCAGAGGACAGCAUCCUUGGGAAACAUGUCAGGCAUUACUACAUCGCUGCUGAGGAAAUCAUCUGGAACUAUGCACCCUCUGGAAUAGACACCUUCACCCAAGAAAAUUUAACAGCACCUGGAAGUGCUUCAGAGGUAUUUUUUGAACAAGGUCCUACAAGAAUUGGAGGAUCUUAUAAAAAGCUGGUUUAUCGUGAGUACACAGAUGCCUCCUUCACAAAUCAAAAGAAGAGGGGCCCUGAAGAGGAACAUCUUGGCAUCCUGGGUCCUGUCAUUUGGGCAGAGGUGGGAGACACGAUCAGAGUCACUUUCCAUAACAAAGGAACAUAUCCCCUCAGUAUUGAGCCCAUUGGGGUGAGAGUCAGUAAGGACAACGAGGGCUCCUACUAUGCCUCACAUCACAACCCCUCAAGUGGAAGUGUGCCUCCUUCAGCCUCCCAUGUGGCACCUCAACAAACAUUUACCUAUGAAUGGACUGUGCCCAAAGAAGUGGGACCCACUUACAAAGACCCUGUCUGUCUGUCUAAGAUGUAUUACUCUGCUGUAGAUCCCACUAAAGAUAUAUUCACUGGGCUUAUUGGGCCAAUGAAAAUAUGCAGGAAAGGAAGUUUACAUGAAAAUGGGAGACAGAAAGAUGUAGACAAGGAGUUCUAUUUAUUUCCCACAGUGUUUGAUGAGAAUGAAAGUUUACUCCUAGAUGAUAAUAUUAGAAUGUUUACAACUGCACCUCACCUGGUAGAUAAGGAAGAUGAAGACUUUCAGGAAUCUAAUAAGAUGCACUCCAUGAAUGGAUUCAUGUAUGGGAAUCAGCCUGGUCUCAGUAUGUGCAAAGGAGAGUCAGUCGUGUGGUACUUAUUCAGCGCUGGAAAUGAGGCUGAUGUACACGGGAUUUACUUUACAGGAAACACAUAUCUGUCAAAAGGAGAAAGAAGAGACACAGGAAACCUCUUCCCUCAAACAAGUCUUACACUCUUCAUGCAGCCUGAUGCUCAAGGGACAUUUGACGUUGAGUGCUUAACAACCGAUCACUAUACGGGAGGCAUGAAGCAAAAAUACACUGUGAACACAUGCAGGCAACAGGCUGAGCAGCCAAGGUCCUCCACAUCGCGGACCUACCACAUCGCGGCAGUGGAGGUGGAGUGGAAUUAUUCCCCAAGCAGGGAGUGGGAAAAGGAGCUGCAUCACUUACAAGAACAAAAUGUUUCAAAUGCAUUUUUAGAUAAGGAAGAAUUUUACAUAGGCUCAAAGUACAAGAAAGUUGUGUAUCGGCAAUACACCGACAGCACGUUCAGAGUUCCAGUGGAAAGGAAGGCUAAAGAAGAACACCUGGGAAUUCUAGGUCCACAACUUCAUGCAAAUGUUGGAGACAAAGUUGUAAUUAUCUUUAAAAACAUGGCCACAAGGCCUUACUCAAUACAUGCCCAUGGGGUGAAAACAGAGGAUUCUAUAGUUACUCCAACUUUACCAGGUGAAACUCACACAUACAUAUGGAAAAUCCCAGAAAGAUCUGGAGCUGGAACAGAGGAUUCUGCUUGUAUUCCAUGGGCUUACUAUUCAACGGUGGAUCAAGUUAAGGAUCUUUAUAGUGGAUUAAUUGGCCCAUUGAUUGUUUGUCGGACACAUUACAUGAAAAUAUUCAAUCCUAUAACGAAACUGGAAUUUUCUCUUCUGUUUUUUGUUUUUGAUGAAAAUGAAUCCUGGUAUAUAGAUGACAACAUCAAAACUUACUCUGAGCACCCUGAGAAAGUAAACAAAGAUGAUGAGGAAUUCAUAGAAAGCAAUAAGAUGCACGCUAUUAAUGGAAGAAUGUUCGGGAACCUACAAGGCCUCACAAUGCAUGUGGGAGAUGAAGUCAAUUGGUAUCUGAUGGGAAUGGGCAAUGAAAUAGACUUGCACUCUGUACAUUUUCACGGCCACAGCUUCGGAUACAAGCACAGGGGCAUCUAUAGGUCUGAUGUCUUCGACAUUUUCCCUGGGACCUUCCAAACUCUAGAAAUGUUUCCAAAAACACCUGGAAUCUGGUUACUCCACUGCCAUGUGACUGAUCACAUUCAUGCUGGAAUGGAAACUACUUACACGGUUCUACCAAAUGAAGCGUCUUCUCUGACAUACAAGAUGAUAUGGAAUGUGAACUAUUCGUUUAUAGUCAUCGUGAUUAUGUUAUUCCAAAUAUCUACCAAGGAAUGGCUAGGCGUAUAA